CAGAAGAUUUUGAGCCCACGGAAAGUUCUUUUCUUAACCGUGUCAGUCUCACCGAUCGUCUUCUUCACUCCACUUGCUUCUCAAAAUCUCCACAUUUCUCUAAAAUCCCUCUUCUCCUAUACCAAUAUCAUCAUCGAUGGCGUUGGAGUGGGUUGUUCUAGGCUACGCUGCUGGCGCCGAGGCAGUUAUGCUGCUCCUCAUGACCGUCCCGGGUCUAGACCCACUGCGAAAGGGCCUGAUCAGCGUGAUUCGCAACCUUCUGAAGCCGUUCCUGUCGGUGGUGCCAUUCUGCCUCUUCCUUUUAAUGGAUAUCUACUGGAAGUACGAGACCCGACCCAGUUGCGAGUCCGAAUCCUGCUCCCCUUCGGAGCAUCUCCGCCACCAGAAGUCCAUCAUCAAAUCGCAGCGGAACGCCCUUCUGAUCGCCUCCGCUCUCAUUUUCUACUGGCUUCUGUACUCGGUCACUGGCCUCGUUGUCAAGAUCGAGCAGUUAACUAAGCGGAUCGAAAAGUUGAAGUCCCAGGAUUAAUUUUUGCCAGGUUCCUGGCCGUGCGUGUAUUUUACUUUUCGGGUCUCGGAUAAGCCUGUUUGUGGAUGAGAAAUCACGUGGCCCUUAUUUGUUGGAUUUUGUGAUUAGUGUUGAACAAAAAUGCUCUGAUCAUGAGUUUUGGUGAUUAUUAGGAUGUGAACAGAGUUCAUGUUGGGAUAAUAAUAUGAUCCUUGUUAGUGGUACUAUAAUAUUUCUAGUGAUCGUUUAUAGUUGAAUUUAUUACACAAAUAAUUGCCUAAUGAGUUUUUCAUGCUCA